AUGGUUCGCUUCGCCUCUCUCGUGGCCGCCGCCUUGGCUGCUCAAGGUCUCCAGGCCGCCCCGACCAUUCACAGGGAUGAGCUCGGCCUGCGGGCCCGAACUGGUCUAGCUAGCAAGCAGGCUCAGGCCCCCCCAGGCUUUGAGCGCUUUGAUAAGCGGCAGGAUGCAGACCCGGCUGCUGAGGUGUCCUCGACCCCCCCGAUGGGAACAGAGCGCGCCAGCGGCAAGGUCCAGGGAGUGGAAGCUGUGUCGGAAACUGCGCAGAGUGAUGAACAGCUCGACUCUGGAGUGAAUGAGGAUGCAGAGGGAGAGGAAAAUAUGUCGGUAAUUGGGGCUGCAGCGUCAGAGCAAGACGCCGGAACUCCUGCCGCCUCCUCUCCUGCCGCCUCCACUCCUGUCGCCGCCUCUCCUGUCGCCGCCUCUCCUGUCGUCGCCUCUGCUGUCCACAACCCUCAGUUUAGCCCAGUUGGCACUGACGGUAUUAUGGGCUCUCCUGCCGCUGCCUCUCCUGCCGCCGCCUCUCCAGGCAACGGCAAACACAAUCUCAUGCCUAUUAGCCAGGGUGGCAACAAGGAAUUAAUGGGCUCUCCUGCCGUCGCCGGCCUUUCUGAUGCCGCCGGGGACCAAAAGACGGCUGAUGGCACAGCCAAGGCUGGUACUGUCAAGAAGAAUCGAAGCUGUGGCGGUGCCAAGCCUACUAUUGCUAACAAGAUAUUGGACGGAACCAAAGCUGGUGCUGUCAAGAAGGGUGGACAGUGCGACGCUGCUAAGUCUGCUCAAGCACCGGCAGCAAGCAAGGAAGCUGGACAGGCGCCUGGAGCGACGGGAGCAGACAUGUCCAGUGCAGAAGUCCUCGCCGAUGUCUUCGGCAACAGCAAAACCCUCGGCACCAGCAAACCCCUCGGCACCAGCGUCGGAGGCACCAUCGGCACCAACACCCAACCCGGGGGGCCACAGCUUGCAGGAAGACCAGCUCCGAGCAACGAGGACGCUGCCACGCCUGCCAAGGCAUCGGCUGGAGGCGAGGAAGCUGGAAAGGCGGAUGGAGCGGCGCGAACAAAUUCUCCGGGCCCUGCCGCUGAUGCGACUUUCAACUCCGAGCUCAAUGGGCCACAGCUUUCCGAAUCAACGGCUACAAGCGAUGAAACUGGAAAAGCGCCUGGAGCAACGGGGAUGGAAGUUGAGGAUCCUCUAGCUGAGGAUGCCAUCACUCCGAGUCGGAAAUAA